AUGGAAGGCCCUGGAAUGAGUUUAUUUAAAGGUGCUGCAAGCAUUCACAUAAAUAAUAGUGCUCAAGAUAGACUAGAAGAACAAGAAGAACUUGAAGAUCAAAAAAGGCGGGAUGCAGAGUUAAAACAUAAACUUGCGAAUGCUUUUGAUGAUCUUCAAGAUGAUGACGAAGCAAGCUCUGUAAACAGCAGCGGAAACUGCACCUUGGACCAUACAAAUGCAAAUAAUAAACAAUUUGCAACAGACAACAAAUAUGGAACUGGCCUCUUACCAACAUACACUGAAUCCAUUAACACAUUUAAAGAAGGCAUGCCUCUGUCUCAUUCAACAAAAUUAUAUUGUGAUACACCUAAAAGUCAUCAUAUACAACACAUGAGGAAUCAAGAUGAGCCAGUAAAACUUCAAUAUAGUCCCUAUGGUGCAGGUGAUGGACAGAAUCAUUAUUAUCCACAAGAGAGAGAACACCUGAAUGGCUAUGGGACAGGACAAGGGUAUAACAAGAAUUAUGAACAACUUAAAGUUAUGUAUGAAGGCAGAGUGAAAGAGUUAGAGCAAUAUGCGGCUCAAAUGAAAAACUUAGACAAUGAGGUAGAAAGCUUACGAGCUCGCUUAGAAGCUGCCAUACAUGACAAGGAUAAAGCUGAAUUCUCAUUGCAAGAGGCACAUGCAUUACUUGCAUCAAGUAAGCAUAAGACAAUAGAGUUAGAACAGCAAGUGGGGUCGUUAACACAGAAAUUGAUGGAAAGUGAUGAAGAUAAAGAGCAAUUAAGGUUGGAGCUCCGGUCUGCGAAUAUUAGCUUACAAGAGAUACAACAAAGGUUGCAUACUAUGAAGGUGGCGCACACGCACGAUACGGACGCAUUAUUCAGAGAACAACAAGACAGGUAUAGAGAAGAAAUGGAUAGACUGCAAAAUGAUUUGAUGAAGGCAAAGAGUAGGCUUGAUGAAAAGGAUAGAGAAAUAAAACACCUAGAGAAGAGAUGUAUGGAACGGGAUAGAGAAAAAGAAGAGAUUUUAAUAGAGAAAGGUGCUACUAUAAAUCGGCUGGCCAAUGAAUUAGAAGCGGCACAGACUAGAUUGGUCAGUGGGGAGACAGCUCGGUUAAAGGAAAAAGUCAGCCAAUUGACCACCGAAAGGAAUUCUUCAAGGGAACAGGUUAAAGAGCUUGGGACCAAGCUCGAGGUUACAGCGCAAGAAUUAGUUCUCUAUCGUAACAAACUAGCAGGAUGUCAGCGAGAAUAUGAAAAUUGGCGAUCAACACUAAAUCAGAUUUUACAUGAAGUGUUGCCAGAUAAUAGUUUUAAUAUUGGCGAUGCACCGUCACCGGGGAAACUUGCAACCUUAAAGGAAAUAUUGAGUCGAUAUAAACUGCAAAUACAGAAGGUUGGACAACUUCAAGAGGAAAUUAAUAAAAGGGAAAGAAGAUUAGAACAACACAGAAAGCUAGAGUCUGAAUUGCGUUCGAAAUUAGAAGAACAAAAAGGUAUAGAGUUACAACUCAAUUCAAGAAUAGCGGUUUUACAGAAUAAAUUGGAAUUACUUGGAACACAUUCAGAUAGUGAAUUAGUGGAGACGUACAGAAAACAAAAUGAAAUGCUCAGAAAAGAGAUGGAAGAUGUCAAGAGCGAGAUGAAAAGUAUUGAAAUCAAAUACACCGAACUGGAAAUGGACUACGAGAAGUUGAAAAUUGAGCGAGGCAGCAGGGCGUCACUAGUGCAGGAAGCGAAUGCGGAUUUGUUAAGGGAAUUGGAAAACUACAGCGCACAGCUGAAAGACACGCUCAAAGAAAACGGCGAAUUGAAAACAUUGUAUCUGCAAGUAUGCAGUGCCCGCGAUUCUGUCUCACGGGAACUGAAAGACGUACGAACAAACAUGCAAAAAGAGAGAGAUGACUUCAGGAAGCAAGAGAAAGACUACAUAGAGCGGAUAGAAAGAGAAAAGAAACAUGCAGAGAAGUUGGCAGGAGAUUUAAGUAGUUCAAGGGAAGAGAUAGAAAGAGCUAAUAAGAGAAUAUCGGAGUUGCAAAAAGAGUUCACUGAUAAGCAAAAAGAGUUUACUGAUAAGUUGAAUAAGUAUUUGGAAGAUGAAAAGUCCUCUAUGCGUAAAGAGAUGGAGAACUGUCUUCAAUGCGAGACUCAACUCAAACACAUUAAGUACUUGGAGGAGCAACUUAAUAAGUGUAAUGUUAAAUUAGCGGCCCAAGAAAGCAACGAUGCUCUCAUGAAGGAAUUAAAAGCUAAAGCGGAAUUUUUCCAAAAUUACAUAAUGGAAAGGUUCAAGAAGAUUCAGGAUCAGAGGAAUGUGGGAACUAGCACUCAUGACGGAGACACAGAUUCUGGUACUGAAGAAGUAGUGCCUCAUGACGAUAUGGCUGCUGAGACCGCACUUAUGAUGAAAGAGAAGGCAAUACGCGACCAAAUUGCCGAGAAAUUCACCUUAGAAAUGAAAACAGUUGAAAUGAAUUGUGCGAGGCGUGUGAAAGAGAUAGAGAACGAACAAAUGUCAACUGUCACAAAAUUAAAAGAAUUGUUGGAAAGGAAGGCGAAGGAGGUUGAUACGUUGAAGGAAUUUAUUCUUUCCGAGCGCGGGAAAGUUACGCAGAUAUUGGAAGCAAAGGAAAAUGAGAUUUCAGUGCUUAUAAAAGAGCAUAAUGAGUUGCAAGCGGAGUGUCAGAGGGUGAAAGAUGACGUCAUUGAUUGGAAGCAAAGGGCAGAGAAGUAUAAGGAGAGGUUGUCGAGAUUGGGCUCAAUGGAAGAUAUUAUAAAGAAAGAAAGAGAAGACAUGAAAUUGAAAAGCAGUUCAUCCGUUAAAGAGUGUCAGAGUUUGCGAACGAAGUUAAUGGAAUUACAAUCUCAGUGUACGCAGUUGGAACAGAAGUUAAAUAAAUUACAAAAUGAAUAUCAAAUAAUUCAGGAUAAAUACAAGAACGCUAAAAAGACUGUCUAUACUUAUAAGGAUUACAUGGGGAAGAAAGACGAGCACAUAAAUAGUGAAAUGAGCAGGAUUCAAGAUGAGUACAGGAAGAUAUUCGUGAAGUUGCAGAACCAAAUCAACUACUUGAUGACAAAGGUACAUGAGGAGAGACGAGGGUCGAAAUCGCAGUAUCAGGAAUAUGAUUGCACGGAGAAAAUUAAAAAACUAAACGAAGAUUUCGCUCGACUCACCCAAAAUAAUUUCAACGGUCCAGACCUCAAUCAGUGA